AUGCCUUUCUCGAGGCUCGAGGACGUCGACCUCGACAUCUUCUGGUACCUCAACCCCGACCCAGCAGAACUUGCGGUCGCGUCGCCAGACUGCUUGCCGGCCGCUCAGCCGCUCAAGCCAGGCCUUCCUGCGCUCGUCUUCCUGCACGUCUCCGGCGGCACCGCGCUCGGCUUCGCGCGACAACUCGCCGACCCUCGUCUGCGCGAGCGGUUCAAUCUCGUCGCGAUCGAUUGCCCUCUGCAUGGUUUCUCGCGCUCGACGUACAGGACAGAGCACACGCUCGAGGACAGCGCCAAGGCCGUCAUCCGUAUCCUCGACGAGCUGCAGCUCUCGACGUACAGCAUCUACGGCGAGGGUCCGCACGGCGCCAACAUUGCGGCCUGGAUCGCCGCCAAGCGCGUCGAGCAGGUACAGGGGCUCGUGCUCGCCUCACCCGGCUGGCCCGUCGAGUCGGCAGACGUCGCUGCCUCGCUGCACGAGAUCAAGGAGGCCAUGAGCGUCAACUGCCUCGACGAGCGCGGCGACCGCUCGGGCACUUUUCCUGCCGACGCGCUCGAGGAGAUCACGAUCUACUUCCUCGGCGACACGGAGCGCCUGAGAGAAGACCGCAAGAUGCUCGGCGAAUACUUUCAGCAGCGAUACGGCACCGGUCGACCCUCGUACGAGUUCCGGUUCCUGUUCUCGUUCAUCUACGAGCGCAAGCGCAUCCCGACCGAGCAACUCGAGAAGGUCCGUGCGCCGGUGCUCUGCCUGCGCGGCGGCGCCGACAGCAUCGUGUGCCCCGACGCGGCGUGCGAGGAAUGGGUCUGCGCCUUCCCAAACGCCCGCAACGGCGCUCAGUGCGUCACGGUCGCCGACGCGCACAACAUCCUGUCGAUGGCCGAGGGCGGGAUCGUCGCGCGCAUCGUCAGCCAGUUCUUGCACCGCUCGCUCGCCGAAGCGGCGAGGCUGUAG